CAACCUCAGGGCAAGUUCAGAGUGAACCAACUGCUGUGAGAUUCAGUAAACUGGUAAUCCUACUGAAGAAUGGGCUUGUUGAAUACCACAACAGGUGAACUGCUUGUGAGUUUAUGUCUCACUUUGCUGGUAUGGGGGGCUGAGGGACAAGGGACUGGUAAGGUUAAGUUGGUGUUGGGCAGUGAAGAAAUCAACCUUGGCCAACAUCAAGGAACCUGGGCUCCUCUAAUGCAGACCAGAGAAAACCUGACCCAGGUGAAAAGCAUCAGGUCCACGUUCCUGUUCCGGACCUUUGACCCGGAAGGAGUUGUGUUCUAUGGGGACACCUUGAAUGGAAAGGACUGGUUUAUCCUGGCCCUGAAGGAUGGCAUCCCAGAGAUGCAGAUUGGAAAAGCGGACAUCCUUGUCAGCAUGCAUGGUGGACCCAAAAUCAAUGAUGGCAAAUGGCAUCUGUUGGAGAUCAGCAACAACGGGGAUUUUGUGAGGCUGAAUGUGGACAGUCAGAAGGAGGUGAUUGUGGGACUAAAGUCCAAAAUGACAGAGUCGGUGCUGCAGGGCCAGAUUCGCCUUGCCAUUGGCGGCAUCCUGGUCAGCCCUGAAAACCUGCUCGUCCCGUUCCAGCCAGCAAUGGAUGGCUGUAUUCGGCAGGGGAACUGGCUGAACCUGAGCAUGCCAUGGGAGACACAGCAGCUAGGGGAGCCCAGGCCCUGCUACGCCAACAUAGAACCAGGGAGUUAUUUCACGGGAGCUGGGGUGGCUACCUUUAACACCACAGAACUCCCUGCCUACCAGACAGAAGACAUUGGGAUUACUAUAAGCAUCCAAGGAGAUUCCUCCAUGUUGAAUGGAACCAUUCUGAGCCUAAAGACCCCUGGAGAGGAAAUAGCCACCACAAGACUGAUAGUUGACAAUGACUUAAAGAACAUCAAACUGACCAUUCGCACAAUUGAGUCCAUCAGUAAAUCAAUACGUUUCACCAAACUGACCCUAACCCUGAAGAAGAACCAGUUGAAUAUGAAGACUGACGAAACAGAAAUGAAACUUGAGAGCGAUGAUAUACCAGACUAUCUCAGCAGAUGGAAAGAAGGGAUGAUCCUAGCAUUUGGGGGGCUUCAGGAGGACAGAGCACCCGACAACAGUAACCAGUACCUGAAGGGUUGUCUGGCGAAGAUUCAAGUCCUGGGACAGGAUGUGGAUCUAGACCGGGCCCUUUACAAGGACGCCUCCAUUUCUUCCCAUAGCUGCCCCUCAUAGGUCUGACUCAAGCCCGUUUUGUCUGAUCAUUUUUGCGAUGACUGCUGACGUCUUAUUUGUGAAUUGAAGUCGAAUUAGGUUUUAUGCAAGGAACACAGUAUAAAGCAAGUUUAGUUAAAAGACACAGCAAGACGCUUGUGUUCAUCAUUAAAUCAACAUCAAUAAGAACUGAAUGAAACAUUUAAAAUAACAUAUAGUUUGAAAGGUCUUACGUCAAUUAAGUUCUUCACCGCAUAAGCCAAUAUACACAUUACAUUCCUUAAGACACAUCAUUAUAAGGGACCGCUAAGGGACAUUAGACAGUCAUAGGGUCUUUGAUUGGGUUAUAGUUUAUGACAUGAGCAGGCAUCAUUUCUUUCUGAUUUCUUUUGGUCAAUAAACACACAUUAAGCUUGAAAGUGGUGAUCCUGGUUGCGAAUAGAGUGUAUGUAAUUAUUCUGUUGUGUAUUUUUAUACAAACGCAUUAAACUUUUGUAGUUGUUUCCAGGAGGCUACAAAAAGUAUUAAUAUAAAUCUAGUAUUGAAUGAACUGGGCCUGGUAUGAUCUGGGCCUGGUAUUAACUGGGCCUAGUAUUAACUGGGCCUGGUAUUAACUGUGUCUGGUAUUAACUGGGCCUAGUAUUAACUUGACCUGGUAUAAACUGGGCCUGGUAUUAACUAGGCCUGGUAUUAACUGGGCCUAGUAUUAACUGGGCCUGGUAUUAACUGGGCCUAGUAUUAACUGGGCCUGUUAUUAACUGGGCCUAGUAUUAACUGGUCCUGAUAUUAACUGGGCCUAGUAUUAACUGGGCCCGUUAUUAACUAAGCCUAGUAUUAACUGGGCCUAGUAUUAACUGAUCCUGGUAUUAACUGGGCCUAGUAUUAACUAAUCCUGGUAUUAACUGGGCCUAGUAUUAACUGGGCCUAGUUAAAAUAUUAAUGAUGCCCCAUAAAAAUACAUACAAUUUAAACAAAUUUAGUGUCAACUUAAUCUCCCAGAUAUAUUUGAACUGAUACCAUAUCACUUCUUAUUUAAAUGUACAUGUUUUAAUUAUUUCUAAAAAAUAUAAAUGCUGUCUGUAAUUGUUGGUCACUGGUUGUAUAAGUGGCCCUGUCUAGCCAAAAAGGGUUCCCCAAAAAUGUUGUAUUAUGUAAUGUGCUCUGUUUGUGUUCUGUCACUUCCAAACUUGGAAUUUCAUGACUAACUGAAGUAUAAUUGUGAUUCUACACAAUAUACAUAUUACACAUGUAGCCAAAACUGGGAGGUUUCAAAAUGAUUCUGUUAAUUGCAAAAUCGCAGACUACUUUUACUGAAUAAUAUAAAUAAAAAUGUUGCCAACUGAA